GUGGUGUUGACAAACUUUCUCGCCGCCAAUGAUUCUCACUUCUUCUUCACAGCUUCAAGCUCUCACGCCCGCUCUCUCUCAAGUCUCACUCGCCUUAAACGUCGAGUUCUCGCGUGUUCCUCAGCGGCGAGCAUUCGUGUUUGCUUCCUUCAUUACGCCUUGGUCGAGAGCGCUUAAUUCAAGCGUUAGCAGAGGCAUGUUCUAGCACGAAAGACAUUUUCACUACUUUCUUUACCUACCUCUUCCUCUCAAAAUUUUAGUCAUAUGAACUGCCGCUGAUCGCCUACUGUUCACGGUAUUUCAAUUUUUUUUUUUUUUUUUUUUCGUUUUCUUCGUUUUCAGCGCACUCUGUGCAGCAGCGCAACAAUACCUUCACAAUGACCAGAGACUCCGCAUCUAAGCCGAAGCUGCCCGUACAGCAGCUGGCAAUUCUAGCCGUGGCUAGAUUCGCAGAGCCCUUGGCCUACACAUCAGUAUGGCCAUACCUCCCCGAAAUGAUUCGAGGCUUUGGCGUCAAGCGUGACGAGGUAGCAAAAUGGGCCGGCGUCACAUCCUCCGUAUUCUCAGUUUGCCAGAGCAUAACUGCCGUCCCAUGGGGCAAGGCGUCCGACAAGUUUGGCAGAAAACCAGUGCUCAUCUACGGACUUAUCAGCACUAUGAUUUGCUUCAUAAUAUGGGGCAUGUCGACAAGUCUUACCAUGGCCAUUGUUAUAAGAGCAAUCAUGGGUGGUGGCAAUGGUAACGUCGGUAUCAUUAGGACCAUGGUCGCUGAAAUGGUCACGGAAAAGGAGCUCCAGCCAAGAGCCUUCUCCAUCAUGCCUCUCGUUUGGUCUCUUGGCUCAGUCGUCGGCCCUGCGUUUGGUGGAUUUUUCGCCCAGCCGGCCAAGCAGUUUCCCAAUGUCUUUGGCGACAUAGAGCUCUUUAAGAAGUUCCCAUAUCUCCUACCCAAUCUCUUGGCCACUGUUUUCUUCCUCAUCUCUGCCACCAGCGCGACGCUUUUCCUCAAAGAAACGCUCGCCGACAAACACGGCGAGAGAGACUGGGGGUUGCUGGUUGGAGAGCGCCUCACUCGAGCCUUUCGCCGAAAGCCACAGCUCAUUGCGCAGCGCCGCAGGUCAUUCGUCGAUGGAGAGGCUACAGCACCGCUUGUACCAAGCAGAAUCACACCUAAAAAGCCCACCUCGAAGAAAGUUUCUGCCGGAAUGAAAGAGGUCUUUUCUUACCAGACUACGAUAAACCUCAUCUCAUAUACCUUUUUGGCCUUUCAUUCGGUUGCGUACGAUCAGAAUAUCACCGUCUUCCUGGAUUACCCUGUCAUACCUCGCACCCCCGAGAACACAAAGUUCCCCUUUUACUUCACAGGCGGAUUCGGUCUCAGCUCAGGUACCAUCGGAACGCUUUUCACCAUCUACGGCAUCACUUGUGGCUUGAUUCAAUUUCUCAUCUACCCCCCCAUGGUGAACCGCUUUGGUGUUCUCAACUGUUUCAAAGUAGUUUCUGUCAUGACACCGUUCGUGUACUUCAUCACUCCGUACACUUCAUUACUUCCUACACCCGCGACGCGUUUUGCUGCCAUCCUCUUCGUCAUGAUGCUCAAGGCAUUUGCCAUCAUCAUCGCCUUCCCCUCCACCACCAUCCUCCUGACCAAUUCCGCCACAUCGCUCAGCAUCCUCGGCACCCUCAAUGGUUUUGCCACCAUGUUCAGCGGCCUUGGCCGAGCCUUUGGACCCGCCUCCACCGGCCUCGCAUUCUCCUGGGGCGUUGAGCACGGCUACAUCGUCUCCGCAUACUUCUUCCUGGGCGUCGUUUCCGCCAUUGGCGCCAUCCCCGUCUUCAUGAUUGUCGAAGGCGAUGGACCCACAGCAUCAGCGUACAACAGCGACAACGAAGAGGGUGAAGAAAACGCCAUUGUUCUCGGAGACGAAAGCCCCAUCGACGACUACGAGGAUGAGUCAGACAACGAGGCCAGUGCAUCAUCUCCUCUCCUCGGCACAAGCCGCCGAGGCAGCCCUUACAAGGCUACAAGCACUGCGAAUAAUUAAGCAUCUAUAAAAGCCUUACAUGCAUAUAUGCUCGUAAAAAAAAAAAAUUACGCUACUUACGGUGCGAGAGAUGAAAAGAAAAAGAAAGCGAAACGAAAAUGAAAAUGAAAACGAGAGAUCGGGCAGUCAGUUUGUAGAGGAGAAGACAAAAGACAUAAAAUGCUUGGCCACACAUAAAGUGGUCCUCUGAUUGAUUGUCGGACGUUGAUAUACGACUAUACACGUACCUACUAUGCACUGAGAUAUUGCAUCGGUACUGGCGUUGGAAAAAUGAUUCUCACAUAGUAAAUGACAUUUAUAUACUAAUUUUUUUUUAAAAAAAAAAAAAUAUAUGAC